UAGGUGGAGAUAGUGUCUACUUCUUUUAAGAAGAAACGUAAUUGUGAAAAUAACCCUCAAAACGGUACAUUGGCUAUAACUUAAAAAGUAUGGACUAUGGCUUGGGUGAAUGAGGUGAUAUGUUUCUGGAUUGUGAUUCUGUACUUGUUCUCCUUUUGUGCAACGGCUGUAAUUUCCCGUCAGAUCGUUUACUCUGUAUCUGAAGAGGUGAGCCCGGGAACAAUUGUCGGAAAUCUUGCCAAAGAAUUGAAUUUAAAAUUGGAUGAGCUUGAAUCUCGCAUGCUAAGGAUUGUUUCAGGAUCAUCGAAGAAACAUUUUGAUGUGAACAUGAAAACCGGUGUUCUUUUUGUAGAAGAAGCGAUAGACAGAGAGGAGCUGUGUCCAAACAGCUACGAAUGCACUCAGACCUUAGAAGCCAUAGUCAACAACCCUUUGAACGUAUACAGCGUAGAUGUAAAGAUACUGGAUAUCAACGAUAAUACACCUACGUUUCCAGGAAAAUCACAAAAUAUCAGGAUAUCUGAACUCACGUUUCCAGGGGCAAAGUUUCCUCUGCUUAGCGCGGAAGAUGAAGAUGUAGGAAACAAUUCCGUAGCCACUUACAAGCUGUCAUCCAACGCAUUUUUUAACUUGGAGGUAAAUGCCGAGGCUGAGACUGGGCCUUCUCCUGAGCUCGUGUUGCAAAAGGCUUUAGACAGAGAAAAACAGCCCGAAAUUCAUCUUGUCCUUACUGCUCUUGACGGUGGGAAACCUCUACGCUCAGGUACAACAAUUAUUAUUGUCACCGUUUUAGAUGCGAAUGAUAAUGCGCCUGUGUUUUCCAAGCCAGUAUACAAAGCACAGGUCCUGGAAAACGUAGCUAUCGGUACAGUUAUAUUAAAGCUCAAUGCAACUGAUCCUGAUGAGGGCGUUAACGGUGAGAUUACUUACACGUUUAAACAAGGUCAAAAAGGGAUUUCGGACAAAUUCGCCAUUAACAGCAGCACUGGAGAAAUUGCCGUUGCGGGGAUUUUGGAUUACGAGGAGGCUAAAGCGUACGAAAUCCGUGUGGAGGCCCGGGAUAGAGGGCAAAGUCCACUGGCGUCGCACUGUAAAGUUCUAGUGGAGGUGCUUGACAUUAAUGACAAUGCACCAGACAUUAAAGUUUCCUCGCUUUUGGACAUCGUAAGCGAGAGCGCGAAGAAAGGCACGGUAAUUGCGUUUAUCGCGGUUCAGGACAAAGAUGAGGGUAAGAACGGAAAGGUGCAUUGUUCUUUAACAAAGAACUCCCCCUUUGUGCUGGAGUCCACCCAAGGCAAAUAUUAUUCACUUGUGUUAGGAGCGGCGCUCGACAGAGAAACGAAUGAGUUGUACAAUGUCUCAGUAAUUGCCACAGAUGAAGGUAUGCCGCCUCUGUCCAGCACCGCCGUCGUAACUGUUCAUAUUUCUGACGUGAAUGAUAACGCACCUCUUUUCGCAGAGUCUUUUAUUAAUGUUUAUGUAAAGGAAAACAGCCCGGCAGGUGCAUUAUUGACGGUUGUCACAGCACAAGACAACGACGUUGGUGACAAUGCGCAAAUAACUUUCUCGUUAUCGGAAAAUUCGAAUGUACCCAUGUCCGCUGCUGUCAGCAUCAACUCUGUCACAGGUGAAAUUUACAGCAUGCAGUCUUUCAACUAUGAAGAAAUUCAACACUGGCACUUUCAGGUUCAGGCCACAGACUCCGGUGUUCCACCUACGCAGAACUGAUCAGCAUUAAUGAAGGAGACACUUUUACUCGGACACAAACUCUUCCUAGUACUGGGAAG